GAUAAGAAGUAGAUGAUGAUGAUGAUGAUGCUGGGUUCCCGCAUAGGAAGCUCGAAAUAAGAAUCUUAGAUAGGAUGCAAAUGGAUAUUCUUAAACAGCUUCCAGUACAAAGUUUUAUGUCGUAUCGCUUCUCUUCACGAUAUCAAACCUCAACAUACUCUUCCAUCUUUUCUUUUUCUUCUUAUUCCCCUUUCAAAUUUGUCUGCUCCAAAAGGAACUUCAAGGAAUCUCAACGAAACGACGAUAACAAUAACAAAGGUGAUAAAUCUUCAACAGACUGGGACAAGGCAUGGUCAAAUUUCAAGAAGCAAGGGAGAAAAACACUCUUCUCCCAAUUUUCUCCAAAUAAGUAUGUGAGCUGGAAUCCUAGGCGUUCAGAUUUCCCACUUUCUGAGGAGGUUGAUCCUAUCAAGAGAACAGAGAGAUCAAACCUCAAGUUCUGGAAUAGUCCCACUUUUACUCUAGGAGGGGCAGUUAUAAUUGUCACAUUUCUUUUGUUGUACACCAUUCUUGCACCAAUCAAGUGAUCUCUUUUAAGCAAUACAACUAUAAAAGUAAACUAUUGUUUAACAGAAAAUGUAAAUUGUUUACCAAUGUAGUUGAUGGCUUCUGUCUUUUCUUCUGUUGUUCUGUUGCUUCAUCCACUUGAAACAGUUUUCUUCCAACAGAUUUGUUAAUAGCUUUUCAUAGCCACUCAU